AUGAACGAGCCUCUCCGCGCGGCAGUUGAUGCGGCCAAUAAGUCAAGCAUGACUCUUACCCUUAGCACAGACGAUAAUACUGAAGAGGCUACCUCAGAACACAGCUUCCCAGGAUCAGUGCGCAGUGUAGAAAAUCUCUUACUUAAGAGUCCAAAACAUGGCAAUCCAGAUAGUGACGACCUCUCUCUUUCGCAUCUUGAAGGCCACAUUUUAAACUCCGAGCAGAAGGUUUCAGUCAUACACUCUAGCUCUGGUGAUAACAAUAGUAUCAAUAAUAGCGUAGGAGAGCGCUCAGAAGCUAACAGGGCCCCCGCAAUUUUCAGCAAUAUUGAAGUAAUUGAAGAAAUUCAUAGAAAAGCGCAGUCUACCCUUCUAAAAUGUCUUCGAAGGGAAAAUUCCUUUCUUAGAGUUGCCGCCUCACAACACCAAGAGUUUCAUGGAUGUAAGUCGCACUCUGAGCCUCAAGUAUCAAUGUCUAAUGAGGCUGGACCUCUAGCUGAUUGCUCAGAAUCCAAGAGGUCCUUGCAGACCAGCAUGACGAAGAGCGCCAUGCUUGCAGCAUUGCAGGAGGAGCUAGAGGCUCUCUCUGCUUCUGCAAAUCUAUACAGACAAAAAGCAGUGCGCGCAGAAGAGCAGAGACGCCUUGCAGUUGCCGAUCUGAACAAAGAAACAGGGAAACUAAAGAUGCUAGAACAGGUCGUAUUAGAUAAAGACGCGGAAAUACACAGACUGCUGGCUGAAAACCUAGAGGCUUCGAGGUUUAUAUCUGCAACCUCCAAGGGCAUCCAAAAGAGCCCUUCAGUGUCCAUGUCGACUACUAGUGCUCUUUCGUUGAACUCCACAUCUCUAGACAAGCAGCUAGAAGCAGUCACACGGUACUCCAGUAAGAUAGAAGACCAGCUACGCAAUGCAGAGACAGAGCUCAAACUAUAUCGAGACUCAAUAGAAGAGAAGGACCAGAAGAUACUCGAGCUUAGCACCCUUGUUCAGCAGAAAACCGCCGAGGCGGAUGUGGUAAAAGAACAGCUUUUAUCAGCUGAGGAUCUCUUACGGGAUCAGAAAGAAGCUGCAGCCAAUUAUAAAAAUCUUUUCAGAGAUAGAUCUCGCGCUUUAGAGAAAACAACUUUUUUGUUGAAUAGCAAGACUAAUGAGCUUGAUGUCGCAAUGUCUCUGGCUUCAGAAAUACAGAGAGAUACAAAUAACAUAGCAGCCACCCUCACCUCCAAAGACCAACAGAUUACAGAGCUGGAGGCACAGCUGUCCAAGGCAUCCCGGGAUUCCAAAGCACUUAAGGUGAUGCAGCUCACAUUAGCUAGCCAAGAGCGGCAGCUGAAGGCAAAUGAUGAGAGCAUCAGCAAUUUGGAGGCCCAAAUCCUAGCCAAGAACAACCUUAUCCGCACGCUGACGAGUACAGUUGAUGCGCGAGACGCCUCCAUAAAGGAUCUUGAGCAGCGGCUAUUAACUAUGCACUCGUCCGCCACAUCCUCUAGCCUUGCAAUUGUUUCAGCAGAAAAGCAGUCCCUAGAGUAUAAGCAACAUGUAGACAAGCUCGUAGAAGAAAUCAAGACAUAUAAGGAAGAGCUACGGAAGCAACAGGAGGAGAAUACGCUCCUUAAGCGACAGCUUAGUGAAAUCGACCAGCUAGAAGAGCAGCGCUUAAAGCAAUCUUCACAAUUAAUUGUGGCAUAUAAAAGAAAAGAGGACGACUUGGCCACAGUGCUUCAAGCUCUAGCUGAUUUUGAGAAGAAGUACGCUGAUGUAGCACUGCUGGCAGCAGAGCGAGACGCGGAGGUGCAGCGUUUAAAGCAAUUAGUUUUAGAGAAGGAUAGUGAAAUUGUAGAGUUAGUGGCCAACAAUGGGCUGACCCAGCUCGAGGCUUCACGACUCCAGACCGAAAUAGCUGCUUUAAGGGGAGCGGCAGAAGAAGUUCGACGGUGUAACACUAUUUCUGAACUGUUUUGUGAGCGCAUAUCUCGUAUUUCCAGGGUCCUUUCGGUCUCCCAGUCAGCUGAGGCAUUUCUGACCUCGAAGCCCCUCCAGGAUGAGACGGAAAACCCCAAUUCAGGUGCUUCGUUGGCCCUAGCACCAAUUAACGAACUGACUGCAGCCAUAACAGCGUUCGUGCAGCGAAUUCAGAAAGAGUUUUCUCAAUCUUUGUCCACUAUCGAUGUUAAAUCUGUUGCUCAGAUUGAUGCCUGCGUUAACACAAUAACCGACACCCCUGUGCAACAGACCUGUCCCAUACGCUGCUCCACAGAGGAGCGGGGCGUCCAAAGUAUGGCUCCCAGUUCUCCUUGUAUCCGAGACAAUAGUGAGCUGGAACGCCUUUUGUGUGUCAUUAGUGAGAAAGAUAGAGAACUGGUAUCUCUUAGAGACAUAAUAAUAUGCAAGAAUGAACAGAUUCGACGCCUUUUAGAGGAUGCUGAGUAUUAG